GAGGCUCCCAUGCUGCCAGCUAAGAGGCAGAGCUCUGUUUUACCCUGCAAGACUUUAGCAGCCGUGAGGGGUGUUGCUUUUGGUGAGGGACUUCUAGUCUGACUUACUUUGAGCACCUUGAGAUCCUGGAUAGGUGGGUAGGUUGGUUGGCUGGUUGGUUUGGUCGUUUUACAUUUGAUUUUUCUUUUCAUGAAGUUUAUUAGAAGUCAGACCUACCACAUGAGCCAAAAACUGCCAAGUUCAGCUGCCAUCCCGUGGAGGUGUUUAACCAGUGGUGUUACGAGUCACAGAAAAGCAUUUUUGAAAUGAAAGGGAAGAUGAUGUACUUACAUUGUAAAAUGGUUUACAGUAAAGUUUGACAGCUUAUUAUAGGUUUUAUUUUUUUAAUGAAACUUUUAUUUAUUUAUUUAUUUAUUUAUUUUGGCAUUGGUUGUAGGUUUGUUAGAGUUGGAACGGUGUAGUGGGGUUAAAAAAAAUUUUUUUUUCCCUAGAGAGGUAAAAGGCUCUUCCCCGAAGCAGAGCAAGAAGGAAGCUUACAUUGCCCAGUGGAAGCAGUGGAGCUGAAAUCUACUAAAGAAAGUAACCAAACAUGGUCGUGCUUUCCACUUCUCAGUAAUGAGUCUAAGCCAGUCUACCUCCUGAGGAGUGUUGUGUUGGAAGGUAGCAUGUGAGGAGUGAAUAUCCCACCUCUUUGUUCCCCGAGGCCCCAGAGCUGAACAGAAACAGCUGUGGGGCAGUUCCGCACCCUCAGUACCACCCAGAUGGCCCCUCUGGUAGAGGCGCCCUCGAACAGCCUGCUGUGCGUGCUCUGCCUCUUGGCCCUGCUUGACAUCCCAGGCAUUCCCCGUGUCAGCAUUUAUCUCACACCCAGCCUGGCAGUCCUCACACUGGCAUCCUGGGACCAGAGGGGGGCUUGGGGUGGAAGUUGAGGUAUGACAGCAGUGAAGUGGCAUUUGGGAUAACCAAAUGUCAGAGCCUGGUUGGGUUCCAUCUGCUGGGAGCCUUCAAGGGUAAAAAUAACCACCAUAACAAAUGGGAAAGGAGCUGCCACGCAUGGUGAUACACACCUGUAACCCCAGCGUUUGGGAGACUGAGGUGAGAGGACUGUGAGUUGGAGGCCAGCUUGGAUAGCAAGAUUGUGUCUUUUCUAAGAAGAAAUGAGCUGCUGAUCUAAUGGGAAGAGCCAGGCCCCCAGGCUUAGGACCCUGCCAUGUGCCCCUGGGGAAUCUUCCCCUACAAAGACACAUGACAAAGCACUCAUGACCUGGGAGGGCCCUUGGGCCUGUCCUUCCAUAGCUCAGUAGCUGGAGUGUGGUUCACUGCCCCCAACCCUCUUGUGGCACUUAAAUUGUUUGUUGGCCCGCCCCCUAGUGACCCAUCUCAGACAGAGACUCUCCUUAGAGCCCUCCUUGAGCCUGUCCUCCCUUCCCGUCCUUCCCGCGCCCCUUACCUUCACCUCGCUGCAUCCCUCUGCACACCUUGCACCAGCGCCAGAUGGAGGAGAAAGACACCAGCAAAACCUGGAUGCAACAGCUCCCCAGACUCCCCUCAGCCUCAUUCUGUCCACCUCGGAGCCAACACUAGCCCUUCCUUGGAGUCUGUUGAGCAAAGGCUUCUAAGGGGCAGACAGGAAAUUUCUGCCCUGCUGCCUUUGGGGGCUGCAAAGUCUCUUCCCACCGGGAUCCAGAGAAAGAGGCAGAAGAGAAAAUGAGCUUAGAGCAUCUGACCAGCUCAGGACCCCCUUUUUCCUCAGAGAGCCUCUACACCAAGAUGGGCCCCUGCAGACUUUCACAUCCCAGCACUCACAUUCAUAAACACAAGCCUGUCAGCACCUGUGCCUGGCAGCUGUUCCCGAGGGUACGGGGUCUCUCCAGCUGUCUGCUCCCCCCAGGGUGCUGCCCCUCUCAUCUCCAAGAAUAAACUCUGAAGCCAGUGGCUGUGUGGACCUGAAUCAUCAGGGAGCCUGGUGGAGGAGGGGAGUGACUUCCCGGGACAGGCGAGAGCAGGAUAUAUAAACUCCAGAGAGCCAGGCUUCACGCAGAUCUCGUCCCUCUGCUACCGCCUUCAAGAGGCACCCUCGGAGAGCCGGCUUACCCAGCACCCACCAUGUCCCAGGAUGGCGCUCCUGAAGCCCCCAUCAAGAAGAAGCGGCCCCCCGUGAAGGAGGAGGACCUGAAGGGGGCCCGAGGGAACCUGACCAAGAACCAGGAAAUCAAAUCUAAGACUUACCAGGUCAUGCGGGAUUGUGAGCAAGCUGGCUCGGCCGCCCCGUCGGUGUUCAGCCGCAGUCGUACAGGUGCUGAGACUGUCUUUGAGAAGCCCAAAGCCGGACCAGCCAAGAGCGUCUUCGGUUGAGAAGUGCUCACCGCUCGUCUCGGCUCCCUGAUCCCUUGGACACAAGAGCCUUUUCCACGAACUCUUUUUUUAUGCCACAAUGUGCCCUUCUGCCUCUGGCUCCGGGACUGCCGCCCCUCCCCCACUGCCCCGGCCCUUUGGCACUAGCGCCUUGCAAACACCAAUAAAGAAGAUGCCCAGUUGA